AAAGAGUUCCCUCAAAUCUCUAACUCUCCCUUCGUGCAACUGCACCGCUUUCUCUCCUUCUACAGCCACAGUCUUUCUUUAUACCUUCCCGUCGCUUUCGUUCUUGACCGUCGCCUCCGCAGCAGUCUUGCUCUUCAAGCGUACAAGUGCCAGAAAUCGAUGCAGAGAUGAGUUCCUUCUCAAUCACUCGCAAAAAGACACCUUUCCAGAAGCAUAGAGAGGAGGAAGAAGCAAAGAAAAAGAGAGAGGAUGAUGAGACAGCUCGUCUGUAUGCGGAGUUUGUGGAGUCAUUUCAAGGGGAUAAUGCACCCGGGUCUAAGGCUUUUGUUCGAGGUGGAACCAUCAAUCCAAAUGAGAAAGUAAAGCCUGAAUCUGAAGGUGAAAAGUCCAAAGAUGGGGUAUCUGGUCCAAAAAAGGGAAGUAGGUAUGUCCCAUCUUUUUUGCCACCUCCAAUGGCAGUCAAGGGAAAAGAAAAAGAAUCUGAGAAGAAGAAGGAGGAGGAAAGACCAAAGGAGAAGGAAAAAGGAAAGACAAGGAACAUAGAUCAUUUCAUGGAGGAAUUGAAGCAUGAACAUGAGCUGAGAGAGAGACGAAAUCAGGAACGUGAGCGUUGGCGUGAUGGGCGUCCUAGUGAGAGUGCUGCUCCAUCUAGUCGAUUUGAUGAACUGCCUGAUGACUUUGAUCCAAGUGGAAAAGGAUCAUUUGAUGAUGGUGAUCCACAAACUACAAAUCUUUAUGUUGGGAAUCUCUCUCCUCAGGUUGAUGAGAACUUUCUUCUACGGACAUUUGGAAGAUUUGGGCCUAUUGCUAGCGUAAAGAUAAUGUGGCCCAGAACAGAAGAAGAGCGAAGGCGGCAGAGGAAUUGUGGAUUUGUAGCAUUUAUGAAUAGAGCUGAUGGACAAGCUGCAAAAGAUGAAAUGCAAGGAGUUGUUGUGUAUGAAUAUGAGUUGAAGAUUGGGUGGGGUAAAUCUGUAGCUCUUCCAUCACAAGCACUCCCUGCUCCACCACCGGGACAUAUGGCCAUCAGGAGUAAGGAGGGUGCGACUGUUAUUCUCUCUGGUCCAUCCGGCCCACCAGUUACUUCGGUCCCAAAUCAUAAUUCCGAACUGGUUCUUACUCCAAAUGUUCCUGAUAUUAUGGUUGUACCACCUGAUGAUCAUCAUCUGCGCCAUGUAAUUGAUACAAUGGCUCUGUAUGUUUUGGAUGGAGGAUGUGCUUUUGAACAAGCUAUCAUGGAAAGGGGUCGUGGGAAUCCUCUUUUCAGCUUUUUGUUCGAGCUUGGGUCAAAGGAACAUACAUAUUAUGUUUGGAGACUGUAUUCUUUUGCUCAGGGUGAUACUCUUCAAAGGUGGCGAACAGAACCAUUUAUCAUGAUCACUGGUAGUGGGAGAUGGAUGCCACCACCUUUGCCCACGGCAAAGAGCCCAGAGCAUGAGAAAGAGUCUGGUAACACUUAUGCUGCAGGAAAAAGCAGGCGUGUUGACCCAGAAAGAACCCUGACUGAUCCACAGAGGGAUGAGUUUGAGGAUAUGUUACGUGCCUUGACAUUAGAAAGAAAUCAGAUAAAGGAAGCCAUGGGUUUUGCCCUGGAUAAUGCUGAUGCUGCUGGAGAGAUAGUGGAAGUUCUAACAGAGUCUCUGACACUCAAAGAAACUCCAAUUCCCACUAAAGUUGCAAGACUCAUGCUCGUUUCUGACAUUCUUCAUAAUAGCAGCGCUCCUGUUAAAAAUGCUUCUGCAUACCGUACCAAAUUUGAAGCUACACUGCCUGACAUAAUGGAGAGUUUUAAUGAUUUGUAUCGUAGUAUAACUGGAAGGAUCACUGCUGAGGCACUCAAGGAACGGGUCCUGAAGGUAUUGCAAGUAUGGGCAGACUGGUUUCUAUUUUCAGAUGCAUAUGUGAAUGGAUUACGGGCUACGUUUCUCCGAUCUAGUACUUCUGGAGUUAUACCAUUUCAUUCUAUAUGUGGUGAUGCACCAGAAAUAGAAAAGAAGACUAGCUCGGAAGAUGCAGUUGAUGGGGCAAAAACCAACCAAGAUGCUGCAUUGGCAAUGGGCAAAGGAGCAGCUACGAAGGAGCUAAUGAGUCUUCCCCUUGGCGAGCUGGAAAGGCGAUGCAGACAUAAUGGACUGUCUCUUGUUGGUGGAAGAGAAAUGAUGGUUGCACGACUGCUUAGUCUUGAGGAGGCAGAAAAGCAGAGGAGCUAUGAGUUGGAUGAUGACUUGAAAUUUUCUCAGAGCCAUUCAAGUUCUAGUAAAUUUUCAAGUAGCCGCAGAGACAAAAAUGUUGAAUCAGAGCCUGCAGGGUUGUCCGGGUGGAAUCUUUAUGGGGAUGAUGAGAUGGAGUCUCAAAGCAGAGGGUCUGCAUCUUUAUCAACAACUCUUCCAAUUCCACAAACUGAACUAAAAGCUUUCACAAAGAAAGAGAAAAAUGAUCCCAUUUUGCCAGCCUCUAAAUGGGCCCGAGAUGAUGAUGACAGUGAUGAUGAUCAAAAGAAAAGUGCGAGAGGUUUGGGGUUGAGCUAUUCUUCAUCCGGAAGUGAAAAUGCUGGCGAUGGUCUAGUUAAGGCUGAUGAUGAAAUAGAGUUUGCUACUGAUGCAAGCAUUCCCAUGCAGACUGAAAGUGGGAUGAAUGAGGAGCAAAGACAGAAGUUGAGACGUCUAGAGGUUUCUUUGAUAGAAUAUCGUGAAUCCCUUGAGGAGCGAGGAAUAAAAAGUGCAGAGGAAAUUGAGAGAAAAGUUGCAAUCCAUCGGAAACGGCUACAAUCUGAAUAUGGAUUACUGGAUUCUCCUCAAGAUAUCCCUGGGAACAGUAAGAGAACAUCAUCAGAAAGGAGGGAUAGAAGGGAUGAUAGCCGUGAAUCUUCAAGAAAGCGACACCGCAGCCAGAGCCCACAACGGAAAACAUCAACCAAGGACAGGGAGAGGGAAAAUGCUUCGGACAGGGACUGGGAAAGGCACAGGGAUAGAGAUAAAGCUCAUGAUUUGGAAAGUGAAAGGUGGGAUAGGGAUAGCCGCGAAAAGAGUGGAAGUAGAGAGCGGGAUGAUCAUGACAGAGAUAGAGGUAGAGAAAGAGAUAGAGAUAGGAGGAGACGGGUAAAAUGAGUUUGUCAAUUCAAGGGAUCCAACAAAGCAGAAUUUCUUGUCCAUAUUAAGUUGACAGUUAAAUGAACAUCAAUAGGUGCACAUUUCUCCGAGUAUUGGUCUGGGAUGUCUUAAGAUGACUUAUUAAUCGACUUGGGUACAUUUACACCUUCCAGGUGAGAACCUAAGAGCAAGAGAGGAAACACAUCUUGUUAAACCUUGUUGUAGUUGUAAUUUGAUUUUGCCGUUAUUAAUUCUGAACGUCUCGUCUUUCAGCUAA